GUCAGGGUUCCCAGUCAAAAGACUCAACAACGUUCCUUCGAAGUUUCCGUUUAUUGAGAAUUUCUGCUAGUCUUGUUGCAUUGUGUCUAUUAUGUGUCUGAUAAUACUGAUUGCAUUGGCUUGCAUCGUGUGAUCUACCUUGAGUCAGUGAGAAAGGUGGACUAUAAGUAAUAAUUAGUUUCAAAAUGACGAAGAAAAGGAAACAUCAGGAGGAUUUUCACAAAGUGAAGCUGAAAGUGGGGAAAAAGAAGCCUAGAUUGGAAAAUGCCACUGACACAAACUUCAAAACAACGUCUGUACAUAUUCCUGAACAGCUAAGAGAGGACCCAGUACUUCCAACGAACAACAGAAAGCUUAACAUAAAGGAUCUCCUCUCACAAAUGAACCACUAUAGUGCUGGAGUUAAACAAAGUGCGCUUUUGGGGCUCAAAGAUCUGCUGUCCCAGUAUCCAUAUAUUAUCGAUGCCCACCUUUCAAAUAUACUGAGUGAGCUGGCAGCUGUGUUUACAGAUAGGGACUCUACUGUAAGAGCAGCAGCAAUCCGCCUUCUUCAGUUUCUGGCUCCAAAAAUACGAGCUGAGCAUAUCUCUCCAUUUUUCCCUUUGGUGAGUGCCCACCUCUCCAGUGCUAUGACUCACAUCAGCGAAGGAAUUCAGGAGGAUUCUUUGAAAGUGUUGGACGUUCUGUUGGAGGAAUACCCUACUCUUUUGAUGGAUCGCAGUAGUGUGCUGCUGAAUAACUUUGUAGAGCUUAUAUCUCAUCAGCAACUGUCAAAGCGGCUGAAAAACAGAGAUAAUGUAUCAUGGAUGCUGUCUGUGAGUCCUAAUCGUAGGAUAACUUCCCAACAGUGGAGACUGAAUGUACUGCUCAGACUUCGAAAGUUCCUCCAUGUGUUGGUAGGAGGAUCCAGUGAAUUGGACGAUGAUGGGCUACAAGGAGAAAAUAGCAGCCCCCAAGUGCCAAAAAACGCCUUAAUUGUUAGUUGGCAAAACCUUGCCAAGGGCCAGGAGCACAUCCAGUUGUAUGAAAGUGGGGGCUUGCAACCCAGAACCAACUCAUCAUUUCGGCUGAGGUCUCUGGUGAGUGUAACAAGUAGCACUGAAAAAGGCCUGUCAUCCCCUGAAAAUUUGAAAAGGUUCAUUGAAAUAAUAAUUCCAUUGCUGCUUGAUUGUUGGAUUGAAGCAUCUCCCACACAAGUUGCAGCUCCCGUCCUUGGAAAUCUUCUGGAACCUGGAUCUCUGCAGCUUAUGGAGCAAGUACUUAGCAUUAUACACUUAUUGUGGAAGCUAGCAAAGCAAAACGAAGAGCCACAGCAAAUGGAAGCAUGGCUUCGAGCAAACUACCUGGUUGAUUUCAAGCACCAUUUCAUGUGUCAUUUUCCUUAUUCAUUCCAAGAAAUGAUCAAGCACAGAAAGAAAGAUUCCUUAAAAAGCAACAAGUACUGCACAACACCUUCAAAUAAUGUUGAUCAUCUCUUGUUAAAUUUGACCCUAUGUGAUAUUAUGGUCUCAUUGGCAAGUUCUGCAACGCUACAUAUGGAUUCUCAUUGGCUAGAUAUGAUUAGAAAGUUUGUGAUAGAGACGCUUGAAGAUGGUUACAAGUUGAACUCUAAGCAGUUGAACAGGUUGCUGAGAGUGACAUGGAGGCUUUGGCAGAUACAGAUAAGCAAAGUGACUUCUGAAACACUAAUGAAAGCUGUUUACACACUCUACCAGCAAAGAAACCUUCCUUUCUCUGUGCGUACCUUGCUUCUGAAAUUUUUCAGCAGAGUUUAUCAAAAAGAAGAAUUGAACACUCAGACAAACAGAAGCAGGAGUAAAGUAUUAACACGUUGGCUGGCUGGUCUCCCUCAACAGCUUGUUCUCCUUGGCUUGCGAAACCCGGAGCUUUCAGACCAGCUAAUUGGAACUAUUUAUUCCGCAGCAUCUCGAGCAAACAAAGAAAUGCUGCAGAGUUUACAAGCUGCUGCUCCUCGGAUUUAUGACUGGGGAAAGAAAAAACUAGUUUGCACUCUGGUGCUUAAAGGAAGCUUUUUAUCGCCUUUUGUGGGAGGGAAAUAUCCACUGCAAAGCUCUGUGACUGAGGUGGACUACUUCAGCUUCUUGUUUUCAACCCUUACAGGCUUUUCCAAAGAAGAACUGACAAGCCUGCAGAGCAUUAGAGGAAGACCCCACAUCAGCCAAACACAACUGUCUCCUGUCCAGCUGUACCUGACAGAUCUGGAUCAGUUUUUGUAUCACUGGGCUGUGACAGAGAUGGUGAGCCAGUGCCUGUCUGCUAUACCUUCUCGAAGCCAGUGUAUAGAUAUUGUCCAAAGUGGCAUUUGUAAGUACCUGGCAGGGCUGACUGUAAUACCUGACAGCACGGCUGGAUCUGUUUUGUGUGCCAUUAGUAAGCUCUUGGAUCAAGCCUGCCUCCUUAAUGAAAAUCUCUCCAAGUUCCUGGCUUCUCUGUGCUGCAGCCUCCUUUUCCUCCUUUUAACGAUAGAGAGAGAAGAUGAAGAACACCUUCAGAAGAGGGAUGUACUGUGGGCUUCCUGUAUCUCACUGCUAACUGCCCUGCCUCGAGUGUUGCGGCUAAUGUUGCAGAGUCUUCAAGUGGGCAGAGUCCGUCGGGAAGAACUACCUGUCCUUGCCCAGCUCCUUCGUUUGUUAAUGCAGCAUGGACAGCUACGAAGUCAUAUGGUGACCAAUGAGUUCCUGGUGAAACAGAUUGUCAAGGAUAUUGUGGCGCUGAAGAGUGGCGAUGCCCAAGAGCAGUGGCUGACAGACCUUCAUUACUAUUUCAACGUAUGCCUGGCCUCACAUCCCCAGGGAGCUGGUGCCAUUAACACAGUAUAUUAAGGAGAACGUCUGCAUUUAACUGAAUGUGUUUUGUUUCUGUUACGGAUGCAAAAUAUCAAUUUUAUGUGCAAAUUAAAGUUUUUAAAAA